AUGAAGAUCACCGCAAGUUUCACGACCGGUGUCACCCUCGCCGGGUGUGCCCUCGCCGAUUGCGGCUCUUCGCUCCGCAAUAUCAUGUAUUUCGACCAGUAUCAUCUCACAACACCUACCAAGGAUGUGACGGGCGGAAUUACUCAUGUCAUCACGGCCUUCGCCAACUCGUCGCUGUUCGUCGGAGCGACCCCCGGCAACUACACGCCCUUCAUGCCACUCGCCGAUGUCCGUGCAUUGUUUGACAACGGCACCAAAGUCGGUAUUGCGAUAGGAGGAUGGGGUGAUACGGAAGGCUUCGGCGCCGGAGCCAAGACUGAAGAAACCCGAAAGCAGUAUGCGAUUAACGUGGCUGCCAUGGCCACCUCUCACGGCUUCGAUUUCGUUGAUGUCGACUGGGAGUAUCCUGGUGGCAAUGGCCCCGACUACAAACAAAUCCCCAAUGCCAACAAGACGGACGAAAUCACCACAUUCCCCCUAUUCCUCCAGGAAAUCAAGGAUGCCAUCAGCCCCAAGGAGCUGUCCAUCGCCGUCCCGGGCCUUGAGAGGGACAUGAUCGCAUUCACUCAGGAGCAAGCACCCAAAAUCUUCGCUGCCGUUGACUUCGUCAAUGUUAUGACGUAUGACCUGAUGAGCCGCCGCGACAACGCAACCCUGCACCACUCGGAUGUCGCCGGUUCCCUCGCCUCUGUCGAGCGUUACCUGAGCUUAGGUUUGGACGCUUCUAAGAUCAACCUCGGCUUUGCUUUCUACGCCAAGUUCUUCCAGACGCAACCUGGUGUGGACUGCUCUGCCACCCCCGUCGGCUGCCCCAUCGUCCUAGCCGAACUAGAGGACGGCAGUGAUGCGGGUACCAGUGGUGCCACCACGUUCGAGAAGUCCAACGUGGUCCUUCCCGUCAUCCCUACCAACUUGACCGUCACCUCCGAUGGAUCCUGCGGCAUCAACACCUUCAACACUUGCCUCGGCGCCCCUGAAAACGCGACCUGCUGCAGCCAGUACGGCUACUGCGGUAGCACAGCCGCCCACUGUGGCACCGGCUGCCAACUCGGCUAUGGAAACUGCGAAGGGCCGUCGACCGCAACCUCCUUCGUUGCCGCUUUGGCUAAUAGCACGACAGACGAGGAGAACGGAGGCGAGUGGUGGUGGGACGCGGAGAACGAGCUGUUCUGGACUUUCGACACCGUGGAGCUCAUGCAACGUAAGUUCGAUGAGAUCGUCGCAGCUAAGGGCCUCGGCGGUGUCAUGGCCUGGUCCCUGGGUGAAGACUCGUACGACUGGAGCCGCAUCGCGGCCAUGAACGCCGGGGUCAAGAAGCUGCAGGCAACUAAGAAGAGAUCCACGAAGAAGCGCCGUGCUGUGGGACAAAAGCUGCACGCUUGA